AUGGCCGCUGCACCAGAAAAGCGAUAUGGUACAACGCCUCCUAUCUCCACGGCGAUGCCUGUCCCUGCCGAGCUAGCUGCCAAUGAUGCUCUUAUAAGUGAGCUGAAGAAGCAGAACAACUUUGAAACCCCGGAAGAGACGGAGAGCAGGAAGGUCACCCUGCAAUUGAUACAGAGAAUUACUACAGAGUUUGUGAGGCGUGUGAGCCGACUUAAGAAUCUUCCACAGUCUACGGUGGAAGCUGCGGGCGGUAAAAUCUUCACUUAUGGCAGCUACAGAUUAGGCGUCUACGGUCCAGGUUCAGAUAUAGAUACACUUGUCGUCGUUCCGAAGCAUGUAACUCGAGAGGACUUUUUCGAGCAUUUCCCUCCCACACUCGAGCGCAUGGCCCCACCAGGCGCAGUGAAGGAAAUGACGCCCGUCCCCGACGCCUUCGUUCCUAUCAUCAAGCUCGAGCUCUCUGGCAUUAGCAUCGAUCUCAUCUUCGCCCGCCUUGCCCUUUCGUCUGUUUCGCUCUCACUUACUCUCAAGGAUACCAAUAUACUUCGCGGACUAGAAGAAAGGGACAUGCGUUCUCUGAACGGCGUUAGAGUCACGGAUGAAAUUCUUGACCUCGUCCCUCAACCGAAGACGUUUCGGACCGCUUUACGUGGCAUCAAACUGUGGGCACAGCGACGUGCCAUUUACGCCAACGUGAUAGGAUUUCCUGGGGGUGUCGCAUGGGCAAUGAUGGUUGCAAGAGUGUGUCAAUUGUACCCCAAAGCGACUGGAUCUGUUGUCAUUGGUAAAUUCUUUCGUAUAAUGCGUCAAUGGAAAUGGCCUCAACCGGUGCUUCUGAAGGCUAUAGAAGAUGGUCCACUGCAAGUUCGCGUGUGGAACCCCAAGAUUUAUUCGGGAGAUAAGUGGCAUCUGAUGCCCAUCAUCACCCCCGCCUAUCCUUCGAUGUGUGCUACUCACAAUAUCACAAUGUCAACAAAGAAAGUCAUCGAGAAAGAGUGGGAACGAGCGGGAGAUAUUACAGACAAGAUUUAUGUUGGCCAAGCACAGUGGGAAGAUCUAUUCGCCAAGCACAGCUUCUUCACUCAAGAUUACAAAUACUACUUAAGUAUUAAUGCUGCGAGCCGAACGGAGGGAGCACAGCAGGUGUGGUCUGGCCUGGUUGAAUCGAAAAUACGACUCCUUGUUCAGAAUCUCGACAACGAACCAUCCAUAGGUGUUGCUAGGCCUUUCAACAAAGGCUUUAGUCGCGUCCACCACUGCAAGAAUGAGAAUGAUGUUGAUUGUGUGAUAGCUGGUGGUUUACAAUUUCAAGCUAAAGAUGUACAGACUGAAACGACAGACGCUAUUAAUGACCCAAAGCAUGGCGCAGUGGCCCAAGGCGACAACGAAAGCAUAACGAUCCCCAAUGGAGACUCUCAGACGCUGAAUGACCACACCCAAAACUUGAACAUGUACACUACAACCUACUAUAUUGGCAUUGCAUUAUCUGCAGAUGGUACGAAGCGACUUGACAUUUCACAUCAGUCUAAGACAUUUAAGGAAAUAUGUACUUCGUGGCCGAAUUAUGACGAAAAAUUGAACGCCUUGCAUAUAUCCCACAUUCGGAACCAUGACCUCCCGCUGGAUGUCUUUUCUACAGGAGAAUCAAGACCCGAAAAACCAAAGAAGAAAACCACGGUGAAGAAACGAGGCCACGAUGCCAGCAGUAUGGAGAUUGCAGAUGCUCAGGAAUCAUUCACCAGCCAGGACGGGAGUAAACGACCGCGACAUACCGAGGCCAUGCCUACAUAG